AUGUCGUGGAUCAUUCACUCGGUUUCCCCAGAAAUCAAAACAAGUAUCAUGUACCUCGACACAGCAGCAGAGAUGUGGACUGUACUCAACAACCGAUUCAAUCAAGGUAAUGGCCCUAGAAUCUUUGAACUCAAUGAAUCUCUUCUUUAUCUUCAUCAAGGUGAUGAAUCUGUUAGUGCUUACUUCACUAAACUCACGGCUAUUUGGGAUGAGAUUAACAAACUCCGGCCAAGAAUACCAUGUGUUUGUGUUGCUGCUGCACAAAACCAUGAUCACAUAAAUCAUGCUCAAGUUUUGCAAUUUCUCAAAGGUCUGCAUGAAUCUUAUCAUGCUGUUCGAGACCAAAUUUUGCUUAUUGAUCCAUGCCCACCCUUGAACAAAGUCUUUUCUAUGGUGAUCCACCAAGAAAGACAAAGAACUUUGGGUAAUCGCAACAUCCCUCCCAUUGCUGCUACAACAGCCACAACAUCCACACUCAGCACUGAUCCAGCUGCAAAUCAAACAUCCAAGAACAAACGGCCUCGCCCUCACUCUACUCAUUGCCAAAAACCAGGGCAUUAUAAGGACAAGUGUUAUUUCCUCCAUGGCUUUCCACCUGAAUAUGGAAAACCAAGAUCUGACUCCAACUGA